AUGGCCAUCCCAAAUCAACAUCGAGUCUUCAGGCUGCCUGAAGGAAACAUAUCAUCGUACAAGCAGCUUGCAGUAAAGCUGGAGCCUCUUGAAGAAAUAGACAAGCAUGAAGUAUUAGUCAGAAUCAAAGCUGUUGCUUUAAACUAUCGGGACAUAGCGAUUUGCAAUGGAAGCUAUCCGUUGGGAUUCAAAACCUCUCUUGUGCCUUGUUCGGACGCCUGCGGUGAAGUAGUGCAAGUUGGAUCACAAGUGAAAGACUUGCAAGUCGGUGACCGGGUUAUCAGCUUGUUUAUGCAAGAUCUUCUCUACGGAGACAUCAAGGAAAGUGAUUCAUCUCUAGGCGGUGCUGUGGAUGGCGUUUUACAAGAAUAUCUUAUUUUUGCUGAAAAUAACGUGGUCAAGAUUCCACAGAAGAGCACAAUGACCGAUUCUGAAGCGGCUAGUCUAGUAUGCGCUGGUACAACUGCUUGGAACGCCUUAUAUGGUCUGAGGCCAUUGAAGCCAGGUCAAACUGUGCUUGCUGAAGGAACUGGCGGAGUUAGCAUUAUUGCGUUGCAAAUCGCAAAGGCGGCUGGAGCAAUUACCAUCGUGACUUCAUCUUCUGACGAAAAGCUGGAUUUUGUCAAGAGUAAUUACGGCGCUGACUACACCAUCAAUUAUCAAACAUUUCCAGACUGGGAACAAAAAGUAAUGGAAUACACGGAUGGACUUGGUGUAGACUACGUUAUUGAAAAUGGUGGAAUUGGAACCAUUCAAAAGUCUGUUGAUAGCCUGGCGUAUGGCGGUAUAGUUUCAUUGAUUGGAUUCUUGGCUACCCUUCCUCCAGACCAGUAUCCCAAUGUUGUCAUGUUGGCAAACAAAAAAUCUGCUGUAUUAAGAGGUAUUUUAGUGGGCUCGAGGCAAAUGGAGGAGGAGUUAGUUCGAUUUUUUGUCACAAACGAUAUUCAUGUUGGCGUGGACAAGGAAUUUGAAUUUACAGAUGAAGGAGUUCUCAAUGCUUAUGAGUAUCUAAGCAGCCAAAAACAUAUUGGAAAAGUAUGCAUCACGGUGUGA